AUAACAAGUGGAGUGAAAGCAGGGUGCCACAAACUAAUGAUGUACCAUUGUCAAAACAUCUUGAUCAACAGUGUAAUUCACAUACUAUAAGAGGCCUGUAAUCAUCUUAGAAGAAAGUGGACAUCUUCUAAUUUAGUUUGCAAGUAUCGCCGGCCCGAAUGAGCCAAGGCCCUACCACCCUGCCUCAGAUCACACCGUCAAUGACCGCUCCUUUGAUUUUCAGUGAAUUACAAAGUCUAUGGAGGGGAGACUGUACCUCUGUAAGAGAGACAGCCCGGCGGCAAGGUGAACCGGCUGAAAGUGACACUGUAUUUGCAAAGUCAAGAACUGAUAACAGCAACUACAGCUACGUGACAGCGUCGAACACAAGACUCCGGACUGUGAAACGUGGCUGGAAAGUUGGCAGCAACAGACAGGAAUACAAACAAAACAAUAUAAGGUCGCAAGAGCUGGAGGGGUGAAUGUUCUGGAGAAGGUGCGCCUGCCAGACUUCGUGAACGUGAAAACUGUGGACCAGGUUGGGAUGCCGAGCGAGAUCUCGGCCCCUGCAGGUAUGCAGUCGGAGGUGAGCCCCUCUCUGCCCCUUAGGCUUCUGACCAAGGGUCCCAGCUACCUUCGCAGUCAAAUGGAGAGGGACAGGCGGGAUCGGCCGAGCGCCGUGGAGAGACUGGCGGCCGACAAAGCCAAGUACGUGAAGAGCCCGGCGGCGAGGGGACGCAAGUUGGAGCCCAAUGGUUUAGGCAGUUCUUCCUCUGAGGAAGACAGCAGUAGCGGCGCCAGCAGCAACAGAGAGAACCACUUGGAACCCAGCAGCCACCAGCGGACCGGGCAGCGGGAGCUCCAACCGAGCAUCGUGCGGCGCUCGGGGUUCAAGAGGCAGCUGAGACCCGACUCACUCGUCAUCUACCGGCAAAAGUGCGAAUUUGUUCGGGGAACUACGACCACCAGCAGCAAUCGGAGCUCCAAGAGCAACCGUAGCUUAGUCUGGAGACUCCUGCCGGGCUCUGGUGGCCGGGGCGACAGACUGCUGCAGUCGGCGGCAGGGACAACCUCAGGAGAAGAAGGAUUGGCAUAUGGUACUGCACUCCAGGGAGCAGCAACCGACAAACCAGCGGCACCCCGGGGAGCAGCAGCCAACACGCCGGCGGCACCCCAGGGAGCAGCAGCCAACACGCCGGCGGCACCCCAGGGAGCAGCAGCCAACACGCCGGCGGCACCCCAGGGAGCGGCAGCCAACACGCCGGCGGCACCCCAGGGAGCGGCAGCCAACACGCCGGCGGCACCCCAGGGAGCGGCAGCCAUCACGCCGGCGGCACCCCAGGGAGCAGCAGCCAACACGCCGGCGGCACCCCAGGGAGCAGCAGCCAUCACGCCGGCGGCACCCCAGGGAGCAGACACCGGCCGCACCAAAGAACCACUGAAACGGCGGGGAGGAGGAGCGGGGCUGCGGCGCUCGUUUUCCGACCUGAGCUACCGCUACUCGCGAGCCUGCUCGGGCUUGGACAGCUUCUUCGAGCACUGCGGACUGGAGCCCGAGGUGAUGGAGGACCUGAUCAGGGAGAAGUUCGCCGCCACCUCCGACAGCCUCACUCUCAGGUUCCGGAGUGUGAGCAGCCCGGACUCGGAGAGCGAGCUAUCGCGGCACAGUAGUAGCAGCAAUAGCAGCAGUGGCAGUGGCAGUGGCAGCCAACGGCUCCAGGUACAGAAAAAGCCUCCUCCCUCUGUCCUUUCGGUCAUCGAGCGUAACGCCAGGGUCAUUCAGUGGCUGUACGGCUGUAAGAGAGCCCAGGAGUCUAAAGGCAAGGCUUCCGCUGUCCUGGUGUAAAGCAGGAGCGUUUCCC